AAUAGCGAGAACUUACGAGACAAAUGUAAAUCAACAUGGCGGAUACUAAGCGUACCGAGAAUAAAAAAGACGAAAAAACUGAUAGCAAAGAAGCUGAAAAGAAGAAAGGAGAAGCAAAAACUGAACAGGAUCUGGUAUGCUUUUAUUUUCAAUAAGAUUUUUUUUAUAAAUCAUGAAUCACAUUUAUUGUUUAUAUAGAAAAUAGUAAACUUCCAUAACCGAUGAAGGGACACUUCAAAUUGAUCAAAAUCUGCAUGUCACCCCAGCUAAGCCAGCCUAAGCUGUGUAAUAUAGUUGAGUAGCAACACUACACUAACUAGACUACACAUCACAGUUUGCAACUAACAUUAAAAAAUCACUCUGGGUAUUUUCGUUUUGUAUGAUCUACCUAUUGAGUGUUGGUUAUGAAAAUAUUCAGUUUUUCCAGUUUCAAGCUAUAAAAACAUUUGAGGUCUGGCUUGGUAUUCAUUCUUUUUGUCUUUGUAUUUUAUCUUCAUUAUAGGCCUACACCUACAGUUACAGUUACAGCCUACAUUCUUCAAAUACCCAAUAUUACCCCCUCUUGAUAAGUUUUCUAUUUCAUUUAGUUUAGCUUUUUCACAUUUUUUUUUCUUCCUCCACAUUUUCACUGCUUUUCUUCUGGCUUUGUAUAGUAUAUAAUAUAAAUAUAAUAUUAAUAUUUGACUUUUAUUUCUGGUUUCCCUUUGUAAAAGUUUGUAUUCGUGCCUUGUCCCUUUCUUCUACAUACAGUCUCUCUACAUUCAUUACCAAACCACCCAACUCUACUGUUAGAGUGCUGAAAUCCUACUACUUUUCUUCUGUUCUUUUCAUUGUAAUUCAUUUUGGUAAGCUCUUGCGCUUGCUAUUAGAGAGUAUUUGGUUAGGUUUUGGUAAUCAUAUAUUAAUAGUUUUUCUCUUUAAUUUUGGCCAUUGUGUAAUAUACUUAUUCUCUGCUUAUAUAUAACCCUUACAAGUAGGACUAGUAGGUGGGCAGAGUCUGCAUCUGCUCCUGAUCCAUGCCUCCGACCUAUUAGAACAUGGUCACUUUGGUUAUGAGUGAUUCCAUCUGGUGACAUUCAAGUAACUUUAUGUAUAAGUUUAUGUGGAAACUUUGUGCUGAUGCUUCUGUAAUGCUUCGUUUUCAAACGUCAAGUUUGUUCACACAUUUAUACAUCAAAAGCUGAAUAACUGAACUCAAGUGCCAUUUCAAGAACAACAUAUACUUUAACCCAAGCUACUCUAUCCUCUAGUCUUACAAUAAUUCAAAAACAUUUAGUGCAACUGGAUUCAGAAAAAUUCAAAUUAUACAACCUUGUCACUGAAUGCUAAGACUGCCAGCAACUGCCAAAUGAAUAUCACAUAGUAUAACAACUGUCAACACACUAUAUCAAUGAUACAUUAAAAUAUCAUCACAACUCGUCAAACCUCAUGGCGCCAAAAUUGUUGAUCAACCAAAUUAGCACAAAAUAAAACAGCAUUUUGUUAGCAACAAUUGCAGGUGACUAUCCAUAGUCGACAUUACAUGUCAUUUAUUUAUUUUUUAAAUGGGUGUCAAUGCUGACCAUGGAUAUUCACUUGUAAAUGUUGGUCACAAAAUGCUGUUUUAUUGUGUGUUAAUUUGGUAAGUUUGGUAAAUAAAUGUAAGAACCCAUGAAAUAUUAACAGUGUAUUUAUACACUGGUGGCAUAAGCCUUAUCCUCAGCUGGAUAUUACACAGUGCAUCAGUAACUCACUGAUACUGGAAAGUGUGUUGGUAACUUGAUGCUGGAAAGGACAUAUGUAACUUGAGGCCUGGCAGUGCGUGGGUAACUUAAUGAUACUGGACAAGAUGUUGGUAACUUAAUGCUAGAUAGUGUGUAUGUAACUUGAUACUGUACAGUGUGUUGGUGGCCGAAUAGUCACCUGCAUAUUAUGCAUAUUCUGUUGAUGAAAAAAAGAUGUGCCAAAUUAUUUUUAGUGUUAUCUGAAUUAAAGUAACUAAGAUAAAAUACUUGUUCUUCUUACAAAAUAUAUUUGACAGAAAAAUCAUUCACAUUAGACCCACUAAUUCAUUUUUAUGUACUUUUUUUAUUACUAUUUGUAGUCAGAAGAAGAUAGGCAGCUUCAAGAUGAGUUGAACAUGCUAGUAGAGAGGCUUGUUGAGCCUAACCAAAAACUUUACCCAGCGGCACUGGAAAGUUUACGUUCUCUCAUCAAGGCCUCUACUACAUCAAUGACAUCCGUGCCAAAGCCCCUAAAAUUCUUGAGACAGCACUAUGACACACUCAAAGGUGUCUAUGAGAAGAUCAAGGAUAAAGAGACACAGGUCUGCCUUACUAUUCUUAUAAUACUGGUAUUGUAUAAUUGUAAGUGACACAUUCAUGGAGUCUAAAAAUGGAAUUUCUGUACAUGGCCUUAGAGUGAAUGACUGAUUCAAUUUGUUCAUAGCCCAAGAGUGAAUAUCUGAUUCAGUUUGCAAUUAUUGUUUUCAUUAUAUAAUUUAUUUUUUUUACAUACCAACCCUCAGUGGAAAGGAAUUACAUCAUAGUACUUUUGUCUAUGACAAUAUUGUGUUAGCUUAAUUGCAAUUUUUUCAUAUUUCCAGAGGUUUUGUGCUGAUAUCAUUUCUGUCCUUGGAAUGACCAUGAGUGAAACUAGAGACAGUCUCAAGUAUCGUCUCUUAGGCUCUAAAGAAGAAAUUGGCUCUUGGGGUCAUGAAUAUGUCAGGUCAGUAGCUUAGUUUAAAAUUUAAAUUUUUGGGAUGUGUCGAUUCACAACCUAUUAUGUUCCAUCUCAAAUAUUUUAAAAUGUCAUUACUCCAGGAGGAAGAAUGUUUAUGUAAUUUUAUAUUUUAAAUUUUGACAUAUUCAUAUUAUAUUAUUAAUUCAUAAGUCUUUUUUUUUUUAUCAGACAUCUAGCAGGACAAGUGGCUCAAGAAUGGCAAGAUGUUACUGAAGAGAACACAGACAUGAAAGAGAAACUAGUCACCUUAGCCAUGCAAAUUGUUCCAUAUCACAUGUCUCACAAUGCCGAGGCUGAGGCUUGUGAUCUGCUCAUGGAAAUAGAAAGACUUGAUCUUUUGAAAGAAUAUGUGGAUGAUGCAGCAUAUUCAAGAGUUUGCUUAUAUCUUACAAGGUUUGCUUAGAAAAUGUUUGUUUCAUACCUAGUCUCUCCUUUAAAAAAAAGUAAAUUAUAAGAGAAGAAAUUUUAUUCUCAUAUUGGUUGUUCCAAGGUAUUGUAUUCUUCAUUAUUAUUUUUGCUUUCCAAAGUGCAUGGGCACAAAUUUGCCAGUUAUGUUAUUCUAAACGUAACUUGUUUUUCUCUAUUUCCAGUUGUGUACCUUAUGUCCCAGAUCCAGAAAACACUGUCCUGCUAAAAUGUGCUGUGGAUCUGUACAGGAAAUUCAAGCAGUUUCCUCAAGCUCUCCGAUUCGCUAUGGCUCUUAAUGACCUGUCACUCAUUGAGGAAAUCUUUUCUGAAUGUUCUGAUCAGUAAGAAUGUUAACACUCUUUCUGUUAUCUCAAUCUGAUUUUAUGUUACUUAAAUAAUAUCUUCAUGGUAAAGGCAUCAGUUUAAAAAAAUAAUUCUAUUCUAGGCUAAUGAAGAAGCAGCUAGCUUACAUGCUCGGACGUCAACAGAUAUCUCUGGAGCUCUCUGAGAUGAUGGAUGACAGAGAUGACCUGAGGGAGAUCAUAGCUAAUGGUCAAUUGAACCAACAUUUCCUAACUUUGGCCAGAGAGGUAAUGACAGUUUGAAGAACUAUGUUUAUAUAUUUUUUGUUAAUAUUAAAAUGAUUUUUUAAAAGUUAAUUUAAUUCAUUUUAUUAGUCUAAAAGAGGUUCGUUUUUUAGUGCAGAUUUUUGGGGGUUUUUUUUGUUUGAAUUCCAGAAAUUCUACUAAAUUAGCUGAAAAUUAUAAAAAAAAAUAUCUUUUGUUUCUUUAAAAUUAUAAGAAACUGUGAAUGUCCAAAAUAUUCAUUUUAAUGUCUUUUGAGAACUGGAUGAAAAUUUGAACGUCCUUUUUAUUAAAAAAAAAUACUGAGUGGUUGAACACAGCUAAAGUUGUUAACUUUUGACCAAAAAUAUGUCAGAACAAUGUAUAAUUCAAUUUUUCUAUUUCAGUUGGACAUCAUGGAUCCAAAAGUACCAGAAGACAUAUACAAGACACAUUUAGAACCAAACAGUAGGAUUUUUCUUAUGUCAUUUCAGUUAUCCUCAGCCUCCUUCCUAUCCAUCAAUUAUGAUGAAUGGAUUUUUUAAAAAUAUUUUAAAAUACAAAUACUUAUAGCUGAUGCACUAAUUAACAAAACCCAAUAAAAUCACCACAAAGUAACUGGCUAGAUAUAGAAACCGUCUUAAAAAACCUGGACUUGUUAACUCUACCAUGAUUUACAUAUAUUUAUACAAAUUUACUUAAAAGCUGGAAACUAUCUUUUUUAAAAAAAAAAACAGGCUGUUUUGGAUGAUAAAAUGUGGAUGAAAAAAAAAUAUAUUUCCUCAUUGUUCUAAUAAGAACAUUCUAUUUAACAAUAAAACAUACAUUUUUGUACACAUAUUUUUCAGGAAGCACAAUAGGUCCAAGUAAUCUUGAUUCAGCUCGUCAGAAUUUGGCAGCAUCAUUUGUUAAUGGUCUCGUCAAUGCUGCUUUUGGCACAGAUAAAUUAAUAACCCCAGAAGAAGGACACAAGUGGUUGUAUAAAAAUAAGGAGCAUGGUAAGACUGGGAUUGGUACAGUGUUUAAUUAAAUCUUCUCCCCAUAUAUGACAUGAAUUCUCUUGAUCAAUACUAUUAUUUGGUUUCAUCAUUGGUCCUAAUUUUUAAAAAUUUUAAAUGGUUUUUAUUUAAACAUGUAUAGAACAGUAGUUCAAAUGAAUUUCCACUACAUCAAAAUAAACUUUAUAAUUUUUGGAUAUUUUUCAUGCAAUAAUUUUUAAAACUGGGUGGCUGGGUGGUAGAAUUGUGUAAACUCAAAAAGUCACUUCAAAAGCCAAGUUUAUGGUCUGGAAUUCAAUCUCCACCAAAGACCAAGUCAGGCAAAAUAAAAAAAGAACUUCAGCACCGCGGGUGGAUUGAACCGUUAACCUUAAAUGGCAAGUCAUCUAAGAGUAGGAAACUCUAAAUCAAAACCUGGAGAAUAAGUCCUGUAGACGGAUACAUUAGUACAAUGAAAAUUCCUAUCAUCCAUAUAUGUUGUUCCCUUGGGCCGUCGAGGUGCAUGGAGUGAGGCAAUUUACUGUCUAGGAACCAGCUUAUAGUCCUAAAAAAUAAAUCCCAGGCCUUGUGACACCAUGGUCAUAUUGUGACAGACUGAUGCCAGUAAAAAAAAAUUCAAAUUUUUUUCUGUUUUAAAUUUAUUACAUUGCUUGCACUCUUGUCUUUAGGCAUGCUGAGUGCGACCGCAUCCCUUGGAUUAAUCUUGCUGUGGGAUGUCGAUGGUGGUCUAACUCAGAUUGACAAGUUCCUUUAUUCAGCAGAGGAUUACAUUAAGGUAUGUGACAGAGCUAUUUUUGAAACACUGCUGUACUAUCCAAUGCUUUGGUUAUUUUUAAGAAUUUUAUCUAUAUUUAAAUUUCUUUGUUGGCAGUUUUUGCCAGUUGGUACUCACUUAUAUUAUUUAUUUAAAUUUUGUAACCAGGCGGGGGCCUUGCUGGCAUGUGGUAUUGUCAACUCCGGGGUGCGUAACGAGUGUGAUCCAGCACUUGCCCUGCUGUGUGAUCAUGUCAUGCAUACAAAUGCUUCCAUGAGGAUCGGUGCAAUCAGUGGGUAGGUCUACAAUUUAGGUUGUAUUUUUUACAGUAGAGUUAAUUUACACAAAUAUGUUGCUUUAUUAUUGUAUCAAUAUUUAUAAGGUCAAUACAAUUAGUUCUGCAGUUCCAAAGGCUUGUAAUUCUGGUUGUAAAAUAAACACUAUCUGUUUAACUGUUUUAAUAGUUUGUACUGAAACAAAAUUAAUAGGAUGUGUUCCCCCUUUUUAAUAGUAUGUUGAGUUUGUUUACAAUUAAAUAUUUUUCAGUCUUGGUCUGGCAUAUGCUGGCUCUAACAGAGAGGAUGUUCUAGCACUAAUUUUACCUGUGCUGGGGGAUUCUAAGGCAAACAUGGAGGUGGGUGCACGUGCUCAAAUGAGUUGGAGAUAAUUUGUUAAUUUUUUUGAGUGGCAAUGAUACAAAUUAGACUUCAGUUUUCAAUUUAAAAAGAAGAAUUUUUAACUUGUGCUUUCCAAUAACUUUAACCAUGAUGUGGCAGUUUUAAAUGUUGAUACAUAUUUUUCUUUGAAGGUUGUUGGCAAUGCUGCUUUGGCCUGUGGAAUGAUUGCAGUUGGUACAUGCAAUGGAGAAGUCACUUCUACCAUCCUGCAAACCAUGAUGGAAAGAUCUGAGGCAGAACUCAAGGAAACUUAUGCUCGUUAUUUGGCCCUAGGUCUUGCCCUAGCAUUCUUAGGUUUGUCUUUUGAGAUUUUUUGUAUACCUUCUUUGCUACUAUAAUACAAAAUGAGUCAUAAAGCACUAGACCCAUGAAAAUGCAAAUGUUACAGCAAGUUGUGAAGGUAUCAUGAUAAAAUUUCAAUCAAAGGAACAUGAGACUUUGGGAAAGAAGGGGAAAAAUACUGGCAACAUCAGGAAAAAGACUGACGUCCAGUGGGCCACAGUGUCUCGAACUGUGGGAUUUAAGUUAGUUAAUUGAUCUAACCAUUAAAUUGUAGUAAAAUAAGAGUUAUAGAACUUUUUAGCAUUCUUCAUGUUUCCUUUUGAACACAGGUAAACAAGAUGCAUGUGAUGCCACUCUGGUUGCUCUUGAAGUAAUAGCUGAACCAUUGUGCUCCAUGGCCACCAUGUUGGUUGAUGUUUGUGCUUAUGCCGGCACUGGGAAUGUCCUAAAGAUACAGCAUUUGCUUCAUGUCUGUUCUGAACAUGAUGAGUCAAAAGAUGCUGACAACAAUGAGAAGAAAGAAGACAAGAACAAGAAGAAAGAUAAGGAUGAUAAGAAAAAAGAAGAAGAAAAACCAGUUGGCCCAGACCUGUCUGUUCAGCAAGGUUUGUGGAGAUAGACAAGGUCUUUUGUAGUAUGUUUAUAAAUAGAAGCUUUUGUAUUAUAUUAAUAUAUAGAAUCUUUUGUAUUAUAUUAAAAAAUGGACGCUUUUGUAUCUUGUUAAUAAAUAGGACCACUUUAAGUUAUGUUGGACAUUUCUCAAAGGCAUUUGACCGUGUCAAUCAUAGUUUGCUUCUACACAAACUUCAGAGAUAUGGGGUCUCUGGGUGUUAACAUUCAAAGAGAGGUCCGCUGGGACGAGCAUAUUAACAAUACAUGCAACCAGACGUAAUCUAAAUAUCGGCAACACCAGUGUGAAAGAAAGAGCCUAUAAAGCCUGCGUACAUCCGGUUUUAGAUUAUGCAUCUUCAGUCUGGGACUCAUUUACCCAGAAAAGUAACGACAGGUUGGAGGCGGUACAGUGACGGGCAGCAUGCUUUGUCCUGAACUACUACAAGAAUACCUCUAGCAGACCUGUUUACCCUUUAACUCUUAAAAUCUUACAAUAUCAUCACGAAAUCGUUCAUUACAUUAUCUUUAUAGUAAAAGAAUAAACAUACAGUAUAUAUAAUGUAUACAGCUCAAAAUCGUAAGAGUAAACAGGUCAGCUCUAGUGUUGGCAGCAUGCUGGAAACACUAGGCUGGUCACUAUUGGAGGAACGAUGACGACUAUCCAGGCUCUCCAUAACGUAUAAGAUAAAUAAUGGGCUGGUCCACUGCUCCAUCAUUAAACAGAAACUUGUCCCUCUCCCCCAUAGACAGUGACGAGGCCAUGACAGGCAAUUCUGACUCGUACCAGCGAGAAGCCAGUAUAGGAACUGCACAUUCCUGCCAAAGACAAUCAGGGACUGGAACAAGCUUUCAAAAGGAACUUUUGAAGCGACAAAACUUGACACAUUUGCGUCUAUUGCCUUAGGCCUUCCAACCCCCAGUUCAUGAUACCCUCACAAAGUAGCCCUUGCAACCAGUGAAAUAUCCUCAUAAACACCAGGCACAGAAACAUUGCAAAUUCUCUCUAGAUGCAUAUAAGCCAGAAUGAUCAAUAAAUUGAUCGUGGGCUCCUAAUAUAUAAAAGAAGAAGAAGACAUUUUAAAUCCAAUUUUUUCAUAAUGACUACAAGGGAACUUGUGUUGUUGUUUGUUUUUUGUUAGAUGUCUCAAGUAAGUUUGUUAUUCUUUUUUAAUCCGAACAGGUGUAGCAGUAUUAGGCAUCGGUCUCAUUGCCAUGGGAGAAGAGGUGGGUUGUGAGAUGUCAUUCCGAGCAAUGGGCCAUCUUCUGCGUUACGGGGAGCUGCCGAUUCGACGAGCUGUUCCCUUGGCGCUGGCUCUUAUUUCAGUGUCCAACCCAAAACUCAACAUACUCGACACAUUGAGCAAGUUUUCUCAUGACAGUGAUCCUGAGGUAGCACAUAAUGCUAUUAUUUCCAUGGGCAUAGUUGGUGCAGGUCAGUCUUUGGAACUUUUUCCAUUCAAAUUAUUUAGUUUUCUUAAGAUUGUUUUUUAAUCGUAACCUGAUUUCCCCAGCUUAAUUUUUUAAUAAUUUGAUGAUAUACACAAUAACAAAUUUUUCGAACAGGAACCAACAAUGCCCGUUUGGCGGCCAUGCUUCGUCAGUUAGCAGUCUACCAUGCCAAAGAUCCCAACAAUUUGUUUAUGGUGCGCCUGGCGCAAGGCUUAACCCAUCUUGGUAAAGGUACCCUUACACUGAGUCCCUACCAUAGUGAUCGUAUGCUCAUGUCUCCAGUUGCUGUUGCUGGUUUGUUAGCAGUCCUUGUUUCUUGCCUUGAUGUGAAAAAUAGUAAGUCAUCUUUAUGUAUUUAAACAGUGAUAUAUUUUAUAUUAAAAUUAUUCUUUUCUUUUAGUCAGUCCAUAAAAAUUUGGUUAAAUUAGAUUUUGCUUAAAAAUUGAAUGAUUUUUGUCAUCAUAAUUGUUGAGCUAUAUGAAGUAGAGGCAUUUUUACAUACAUCAGUUGAACUCUCAUCUGUUAAAGUUAGCAAAAUUUAGAAUGCUGCAAAAUACAACAAACUAACUUGUUCUUCUUUAAGUGUAAAAGCUUUAUUAAAUUGAAACCUGGUGCUAAUAUAUUCGAUUCCUUUUCUUCCCAGUUAUUCUUGGUAAAUCUCAUUAUAUGCUGUACAACUUGGUUUCUGCCAUGCAGCCUCGUAUGCUGGUCACAUUUGAUGAACAGCUGCGUCCACUCCCCACAACAGUCAGAGUUGGACAGGUAAGAAACAUACAGGGAAUAUCCAAAAGGCUCUAUAAACUUUAAAAACAGUCUGUGGUAACUUAUCUGUAAUUUUGUUAUGGCAAAAUGUUCUCAGUGGAAGUUGAGCUGAUCUUGUUAUUGGUAAACUUUCCCUUUCAGUGAUCUUGUUAUUGAUAAACUUUCCCUUUCAGUGAUCUUGUUAUUGGUUAACUUUCCCUUUCAGUGUGAAUCAGACUUCAUUAUGUCAGAGAUUUGUAAUUUUUUUUUAUUAGCCCCCUUUAAAAAAUAUAUAUUUACAUUAAUUUUUGUGUGUGUCAUUGCAUGGCUUUAAAAGUAUGAGCCUCGGUAAAUAUUUUAAAAGCUCCAUUAUAAUGAGAGUAUUCUUUUAAGUAAAUAUAUUUUAGGCAUUUUGUAUAUAUCUCUAUAAAUUACUUCAUUUUUAUUUUAUUCGGAACCAUAUAAAAGUUAGUUCCUAAUUUUUAUUUUCUUGUUUACUCUAUGUAAGGCUGUAGAUGUUGUUGGCCAAGCAGGUAAACCCAAGACCAUCACAGGGUUCCAAACUCAUACAACACCUGUGUUAUUAGCUUAUGGUGAGAGGGCAGAACUGGCAACUGAAGAAUGUAUCCUUUAUAAACAUAAUUAUUUUAACUAUAUAAAUAACUCAAAGCGAGUUGUUCACCAGCUUGUAAUUGGGUGACAUAAAUAUUCACUUGAUUUUGAAUAAGAAUUGGUCACUUUAUUUGAGGAUAAAAUAGAUAAUUUUUAUGAUAUAUUCUAUUUGCAAACAGAAAGGUCUAAACAUAAAAAAACGAAAGCUUAAACCUAUAAGUCAGCUAUAAAAUACUGGUAUUUUAGGUUAAAAUGUCAGGAGUUUUUGUUUUUUUUAAGGUGGCGUGGUGAGGGUUAUUUAGUGAUCAUAUUAAUUAAAAAAAUUUUGGUCUCAGUUUAACUUACCAAAACAGCUUGGAUUUUUGCACUUUUCUAUCUUAAAGUAAAAAAAUAGUGUUCAUAUCAAAAGAGCUUUUCAAUAACUAAACUAGAUUUAGUUUUAUUUUUUUAAAGAAGUUAAUUUUUAAAGGGAAUUUCUUAUUUGGUUGAUAGCCAUAAACUCGAGCAAGUCUUCUAUGUGACCAUUUAUUUUAACUUAUCUGCCUGAAAAUACUAAAUGAUAUCCUUAACUCGAUGAUCAGAUAUACCUUUGACAACAAUUAUGGAAGGUUUUGUCAUCUUGCGCAAAAAUCCAGAUUACAAUGCAGAAUCUUAAUUUCAUGCCAUUAAUUAAUUUAAGUUUAAAUUUAUUUUGUUGCCUUGCUAUAAGUCUUUGUUUAUUCUAUGAUUCUGUCUGGAUUAGAUUCCAGAAUUACGUAUUAGAGACAGUGAACACAUUGAAAGUGUUUUUUUUUUUUUAAAAGCAAACUUUUUUUUCAUGUCAAAUGUUCAAAUAUGAGCAAAUGUUCACAAAGAAAAAAAUUUAGGAUGGAGGGUGUUAUAUGCUAGCACAGCUUUGAUUUGAGAUUACAACUGUGUAAAUGGAGAGAAAAAAAUGUAAUAAAUGUGAUGUAUGAUAUUUUCAAGCUUUUAGUUACCAGUACUAACAUGUCAAAAUUGCUAUCGUGUCAUGUUUAAUUCCCAUAGCAAGAAACAGAAACAAAUGAGCAAACCCAAGCGCACUCCUUUCAGUUCAGUUUUUAUAAUUUUAAAUCAUGUCUGUAAUUUAUGCAGGGACUUUGCAGCUUGAUGAAUACUUUUAAUUAAUUAAGUACUUUCUUACAGCUACAUGUCUGACACUUCACAAAAUAAUACUCUGACAGUGGUCAUUGUUAAAACAUAAGUUAAUAUUCCACAACUGUUUUUUUUUAUUUAAAAAAGUCCUACCCGUAAAUCAUAAUCUUUAAAAAAAAAUUUGAUAGUUUAUAAUUGCAAAUGUUUCAAUAUUUUUGUUUUAUAUGACAUUCAAAAAUAAAUAUAUUCAUUUUAUGAAAUCAGGUGAUAUUGUUUUUUUUAAAUUUAUGAUGAUAAAUUAAUUUGUUUUGUUUCCAAAUGUUAACAACAUAAAAAUCAAGAAUAGAAGGUGAAGAGUUAGUUGUAAAAUUUAUUACAUAUAUAUAUAAUUAUAAUGAGAAAGAAUGGAAAUUUUAAAAAACAUGUCAUAUUGGAUUCAUAAAAUUUGCAUAAUUUCAAUAAAAUUUUAAAUGUUGAUUAGAUUUCCACAUCAAGACAUUACAUUACUGUUCCAAAGUACUUUAAAAGAUAAGGGGCAAAACUGAUCUAAAACAUAACAGGUUGUAAAGGGUAAAUCUGGCAUCUUAUUUAUGCCAUCUUUGGUAUCAAAAAUUGUUGAAAUUUGUGUAGAUAUAUUUGCACAGGACCAGAUAUAUUAAUUAAAUGUAAAUUCUAACAUGGCAUUCUACAAAUAAGUUGUUAAAAAAUGAUGGAAUAAAAAAUAUACAUAAAAGCAAAUGGACUCUCAACUGCACAGCAGCAGAGCAGAUUUUGAAAUCUAUUUUUAGAAGUCACUAAGCUGUUAAAUGAUUCAUAUAACCCAGUUUUGUUCCAUUACUUCUCUUCCUGGCUCCCAUUACUUCUCUUCCUGGCUCCCAUUACAGCUUGCUGUGGUUAUUAACUAUAAUAUGUUAACAUAAGUUAAAAUCAGGCUCCUCCUAGGCUCAAUGCAGGGGUGUGGCCUCUGGAUGUAUCACAAAGGAACUUAUUUCUGCAUUCUGUUGGCGAUUUUCAUUUUUGGCAUUAAUGCUUGAUCAUUUUUUGGGAAAGUACGGGCAAUUUCAGUGACCUGCCCCUUUUUUUGAUAGACAUAAAAAUAUAGAUAGAAAUAAGCAAUAAAUUAUAAAACAAUUUUACAUGCAUUAUGAAUUUAAAAAUUCUAGGAAGGGGGCUCAGCCUCCUCCUCAAACCCCACUUAUGCUUGGUGCACUCCCUCAUCACAUCUUCAUCUAUCAAAUGGUACUAAAUUGGGUUUUUUCUUAUUUGAGCUAAUAAAUAAAAUUUCAAACAUAGCUUUUGGAUCUUGACCAAACUCGUACUCUUACACUUUAUUCAUAUUCAAAACCGAAGGGGAUUUUCACAUUGUUGCUUAGUUAUCUUUUUAUAAGUUUCUUGAAGAUAUUUAGCUAAUUCUACAGCUUUAAUUUUUUCUAAAAUUUAAAAUGCUUUAAGAUUGUAUAAAUGUCCUUUUUAUGUUUAUGUUUCCAUAACUUUCAAUGAUUUUCAUCGAAUGUUAUGGAAUAAGAAAUAAAGAUAAUUUUGGAAGUUUAUCAAACGGGAACACACAAGAGAACGGGAUCCCAUCGGGGAACGUAAUGUUUACAAAAGUUGUUUUAAAUGUGCAUUUUGAAGGUGAAAAUUUAAAUUUUGUAUUUUUCUUUAGUGACAUGUUUUUUGUAGAGUACUGUUACUUUAGAUGUUAUCUAAAAGGCUUUAGAAAUUGUUUUUUCCAAAUGCAAUCCUGGGAAACACUUGGUAUAUUUGGUAGUACAUACAUAAACGUCAGUCAUCUACUUUUACAGUGACCUUUAUUAGACAUGCGAUGUCAUUGUAUACAUUAUAUUGUCUGUUAAUUUACUAAUACAUCAUGGCAUUUGUACGAUUUUGAAAUGGUAAAGCACUAUUCUGAGACUAUUUUUCUAUUUUGGGAGUUCCAGUGUAACCAGGCCUGCGGAAGAAUUUACGUAUAACCUUUGCAAUUUAAAAUGGGAGCAAAGAGUGAAUUGAUGCUUAAAAUACUUGCUUAUUUAGAAGUAAAAUUUAGUUUACUAAGUCAUACUAUUUGUUAAGCAUGCUCCUCAAUUUCUAAAAAAAUAUUUGUACAACUUGAUAAAACAAUUAACACAUAGAAAUUGGCAAAUAAAAUACAAAGGAAUUAUUUUUAUUUUUUAAAAUCAAAAUAGUCCCUGUAGAGAGCCCAAAUUAUUUUUUUAAACCGAUCAAGAUUACCAUAAUUGCAUGUAGAGUUUUUAACAAAAUUAAGAAAUAUAAAAAAAGUAUUGCCAUAUUCUCUCAAAAUAAGAUUAUAAGAGAAACUUGAAAUUAUGCUCAGCCAUUUUGUUAUGCUUAAGUUUAUGUAAAAAUAAUCGGGGAUAAAUCGGGCAACAACACUAAGUCAAGAUAAGAAUUUGAGCCAUAUCUUUUGAAAUUAAUUAACACAGCAUAAUAAAAUGUUUAAAUACAAAAAGCAAUUUUUAAUGACCAGGAGAAUCAUAAGUGGAAUGUUACUUGAUCAUGAUGGGGGGGGGAGUAUGAUGAUGUUGGAAACACCUUUACUUUUCAGUACAAGAGAACAACGUGCUUCGUUCAUGUAAGUUUCAUUCAUUGAAUGAUCUAUAAGUGGAUUUCGAUGCAAACUUUAAUACUGGGUAUUUUAAAGAUAGGUCUGACAACCCCCGGUUUAAUAACUAAGUGAUAAAACAAACAUGAUUUGAGAAUGACAAUGUGUGUAAAGUAAAAAUUGUUAUUGUUCCAUUUCUGUUACUGAUACAGGGGAACAUGACCUAAUAUUGGUCUAAGAGAGUAGCUGGUCCAAGGGAAAUGUGUUCUUCUAGGGUCUUAUUUGAAAGUGCUAUAUUUCCUGUAAAAAGGGUACAUCCUCAAUCAGUUUUUUUUUGUGUUCCAAAUUUUAAAAAAAGCAGCUUUGGAGACUGUAGACAGAACUGGCAUAGAGCAGAAUAGAAUGGCAUAGAGCAAAACAGACUGAAAAAACUGGCAUAGAACAAUGUAGACUAAUAACUGUCAUGAGGUACUAAAGAAAAAUAAUGUUUACCAUGAGCAAGCUACUCUGUUUUACCAAUAUUUGAACACACUCCAUGGCAAUUGACAUUUCAGAAAUGAUAAGUUUUGAAAGUUGUGCUUUGAAUGCUUGUGUGUCUUAAAUACUGUAUAUGUACGCAUGCAUAGAACAACAAAUGUGUAAAAUGGGUGAAACUGUUUUCACUCUCAACAGAUGCUGCAAAGAUGCUACCUCAUAUACUAUUAUCACAUUCAAAUGCUUAAGAGAAACUUUUGAGAAUGCAAGACAGCACAGUAUUCAGUUAAAUGUUUCCUAGUCUCUGUUAUUCUUUUUUUUUUUAAAAAUAAAAAGAGCUUGAAAAUAAAGUACAUUUAAAUUCUGAAAACAGAAUGAAAAAAAUACAUAUGCAACAUUAAUAUUAUAAAUAUGGCACACAAACUAAAAAAGCAGAACCAGAUCUAAUUUAAAGAAACAUGAAAACAAAAUUUUAAAAUAUGUCUCUUUUAAACUACUGUAUAAAAUUAAGUAAUUUUACUACUCCAUUUUUACUUCACUGUAAUCUUACUUCAUGGGUAAAACACAAGAAAGUUAAAUAACUUUUUGUGAAUUAAGUACUGAUGUAAACAAAAAAAAAUCUUAUUUUGCACAGCAAUCAAGGGCAAGGUCACUUUGCAAUGGAUUGUUUUUACUUAAUUAAUGGAUGUUAAUUUUUAAGCUCAUGAUUACAUUUGUUAAAUUGAAUGUACCGCAUGGUGAGCCCAGCCCUAGGCUGGGGUACCGCACGAUAUAAAAACCACUAAUAAUAAUGAUAAUAAAAUUGUUGACAAACCAAGCUUUAACAAUGCAAAAAAUUGCAUUUCUUUCUGUAACAUAACGUUAGGGCUCACUCAAUGUGCUGUGGGAAUAGUUCAGAUUAAGAAAAAUGAUUAUACUAACAGGCUUAAAAUACUCUAAAUAAAAACUUACUGACUCCAAAGUAACCCGGUAUUAAUAGUCAAACAAAAGCUUACUACUGGAAUUUCACUAAAAUUUAGGAUUUGGUAUCCUAAAUUUAAAUCUUUAUAAAAAUCACACAAAGUUUUUGCACUUAUAUUCUUUAAAAUAUAAAUGAUAAAAUUAAGCAUAUGAGGCAUAAUUUAACAAUUAUAAUUUUUAGAAACUCAAGC